AAAAGAUCACGCAGGAUCCUUACCACGGAGCAGCUUUUCCAGGCAGCCUGAAAAUACCCUUGAUGGCUUCUCCACCGUCUCCUCCACGUGGUGAAGGGAAAAGACCAGCCAUGCGGCCAGCUCAGAGUCCAGUGUCCUUCGAAGAGGUGGCUGUGCGUUUCACCCGGGGGGAGUGGAGCCUGCUGCGCCCGGCCCAGAGAGCCCUGUACAAGGAAGUCAUGCUGGAGAAUUUUGGGAUCGUGGCCUCUCUGGGACCUCAAGUUGUCAAGCCUGAACUCAUAUCCCAGCUGGAAGAGGAGGAAGAGCUGUUUUUCCUGAUCUCUGAUGAAGAGGAGGGAUUGAAGGGACCUCAGGUUGCCAAACCUGAACUCAUGUCCCCGCUGGAAGUGGAGGUAGAUCCUUUUUUCCUGAUCUCUGAUGAAGAGGAGGGAUUGACGGGGCCUCAAGUUGCCAAACCUGACCUCAUAUCCUGGCUGGAAGAGGAGGCGGAAAAGCUGUUUCUCCUGAUUUCUGGUGAACAGGACGGAUUGGCAGCAGGAGGCAUGUGGGAGUCAGCGAAUGAAAUGAAGACGCAUCCAGUGAUGGUGAAAGAGGAAAUUUAUUCAGAUGGUAAAGAGAAGGCUGAAUAUUUUGAUGGACUGAAGAAGGAGGAGGGAAAAUAUCCUAAUGAAGGGGGGAAUUCUUCUGGUCUUGUAGACAGGAGUGAUGCUAUACAGGAAAUCACAUACCAAGGCAAGAACAGGAAUGAGCUCACUGCAAGCACGGAAAAUUUCUCCAACGAAUCAGAUAUUAAUAUUCAAUGGCGUACAUGUAGCCUAAAGGAAGUAUUUCAGUUCCUGGAGGGUGGAAAAAGCUUCAAUUGCAGCGGAACGCUUUCUUCCCACCAAAGAAUUCACACUGGGGAGAAACCCUAUAAAUGCCUGGAGUGUGGAAAAAGCUUCUAUACGAAUUCAGACCUUACCUCACAUGAAAGGAUUCACACUGGGGAGAAACCGUAUACAUGCCUGGAGUGUGGGAAAAGCUUCCGUAAGAGUUCAGCGCUUACCUCACAUGAAAGGAUUCACACUGGGGAGAAACCAUAUACAUGCCUGGAGUGUGGGAAAAGCUUCCGUCAGAGUGGAAAGCUUACUCUCCAUGAAAGAAUUCACUCAGGGGAGAAACCCUAUAAAUGCCUGGAGUGUGGGAAAAGUUUCAGUCGGAAUGAUAACCUUGCUUCACAUCAAAGAAUUCAUUCAGGGGAGAAACCAUAUAAAUGCCUGGUGUGUGGGAAAAGUUUCAGUCGGAAUGUUCACCUUUCUUCCCAUCAAAGAAUUCAUUCAGGAGAGAAACCAUAUCAAUGCUUGGCAUGUGGGAAAAGUUUCUCUCGGAGCAAUAAUCUUACUUCCCAUCAAAGAGUUCACUCAGGGGAGAAACCAUAUACAUGCCUGGAGUGUGGAAAAAGUUUUAAUCAGAGUGGAAAGCUUAAUGUCCAUGAAAGAAUUCAUUCAGGGGAGAAACCGUAUAAAUGCCUGGAGUGUGGGAAAAGUUUUAGUCAGAGCGGAAGCCUUUCUUCUCAUCAAAGGAUUCACACAGGGGAGAAACCCUAUAAAUGCCUGGAGUGUGGGAAAACUUUCAGUCUGAGUGGAAAGCUUGCUGUCCAUGAAAGAAUUCACUCAGGGGAGAAACCCUAUAAAUGCCUGGAGUGUGGGAAAAGCUUCAGUCGGGGUGAGAACCUUACUUCCCACCAAAGAGUUCAUUCAGGGGAGAAACCAUAUAAAUGCCUGGAGUGUGGGAAAAGCUUCAGUCAGAGUGGAACGCUUGCUCUCCAUGAAAGAAUUCACUCAGGGGAGAAACCAUACAAAUGCCUGGAGUGUGGGAAAAGCUUCAGUCGGGGUGACAGCCUUUCUUCCCACCAAAGAAUUCAUUCAGGGGAGAAACCAUAUAAAUGCCUGGAGUGUGGGAAAAGCUUCCGAUCCAGUUCUGUCCUUAUCUUACAUGAAAGGAUUCACACUGGGGAGAAACCAUAUAAAUGCCUGGUGUGUGGUAAAACUUUCAGUCUGAGUGGAAUGCUUACUGUCCAUGAAAGAAUCCACUCAGGAGAGAAACCCUAUAAAUGCUUGGAAUGUGGGAAAAACUUCAGUCGGGGUCACAACCUUUCUUCCCACCAAAGAAUUCAUUCAGGGGAUAAACCAUAUAAAUGCCUGGAGUGUGGGAAAAGCUUCAGUCAGAGUGGAACGCUUGCUCUCCAUCAAAGAAUUCACUCAGGGGAGAAACCAUAUAAAUGCCUGGAGUGUGGGAAAAGCUUCAGUCAGAGUACAAAUCUUUCUUCUCAUCAAAGGAUUCACACUGGGGAGAAACCAUAUAAAUGCCUGGAGUGUGGGAAAAGCUACAGUCAGAGUGGAACGCUUGCUCUCCAUCAAAGAAUUCAUUCAGGGGAGAAACCAUAUAAAUGCCUGGACUGUGGGAAAAGCUACAGUAAGAGUGGGACGCUUGCUCUCCAUCAAAGAAUUCAUUCAGGGGAAAAACCAUAUAAAUGCCUGGAGUGUGGGAAAAGCUACAGUCAGAGUGGAACGCUUGCUCUCCAUGAAAGAAUUCACUCAGGGGAGAAACCAUAUAAAUGCCUGGGGUGUGGGAAAAGCUUCCGUUCCAGUUCUGUCCUUAUUUUACAUGAAAGGAUUCACACUGGGGAGAAACCAUAUAAAUGCCUGGUGUGUGGGAAAAGUUUCAGUCGGAAUGAUAACCUUUCUUCCCAUCAAAGAAUUCAUUCAGGGGAGAAACCAUAUAAAUGCUUGGAGUGUGGCAAAAGUUUCAGUCGGAAUAAUAACCUUUCUUCCCAUCAAAGAAUUCAUUCAGGGGAGAAACCAUAUAAAUGCUUGGAGUGUGGGAAAAGUUUCUCUUGGAGCAAUAAUCUUACUUCCCAUCAAAGAGUUCACAUAAGAUGAAAACCAUGGGAGUGCUUGAAAUAUGGAAGGAUGUUACAUCAGGUAAUUUGGCUUUCAACAUUUGCAAGUGUGGCAAGAAUUUCUGCCUGGAUCCGAUCCCACAGGCAGCUACUUGUCCUUGCUCAGGUGAGCCCUGUACCAAAGGCAUGUAAUAAGUGCAGACUAGCUGUUCUGUCCCUAGCAUUGAUCUAAAGCUCUUGCUAGGAAUGAUGUACUCAGCAUGGCAAAGAUACCUUAACCAAAACUGGAAGCUUUAAAAGGCAAAAGAGAAUGGCAAGGUAGUGGUUGGGCAAGGCACCAGUCCUGGGCCUGCCCCCACCAGGCAUUAGACACUUGAAGGAUAUAUACAGAUACACAAGCAUGCAAGACACAAUAAACUCCAAGGCAGAGAUACUACAAUGUCCUUUCUCCCAGUCAAUGAAGAGCUCUUGUGACCCCCCCCCCCGUUGCAAUGCUCAGUGCUGCCCUCUUUUGUAGGCAAAAUUCAAAGGAAUGCAUAGUUUGACCACCUCAUCGCUUGCGUCAUACUUUAUUCUUCUGAUGUGGAGAUAUUGGAAGGCCAUCAAUCAGGACAUCCCUUCUUUGAGAUGGACAGCUAACUUCAUAUACAUUCUAGCUAAAGUUAUAAGUUACAAAAGGAAUUUUCACACUUUGCCAGCCCCCAACUUGGUUCACUCUGUUCCUCCCGGAGAUAGCAACAACUCCGGUGCUUAUCUGUCCCGUUCUGUUACAGUUUACACGCGGAGGCCACAGGGGCCUCUUGCCAGUCAGCAGCUCUUCUAAGGCUUUAUCUGGUUUCUGUCACAAAGGGUGGAUUCUUCUGCCAGCCCUCAAGAAACGAAAGUUAACUUUGGGAGGGGGCCUUUGGAAGAUUUCUAGACAAGCUAAAAGCUGGUUCUAUGUUACAGGCCUGGGCCGAGUCCAUACCAAUGCAAGAAUUCUGCCCACAGCAAGCAGUGAAAUAAAACACUGUAGUAAUGUGUUCCAUCAUUCUGUAUAAUGACAUAAAAGCUUUCAGAAUUGACAACCAAAUCCUAGAACCCACCAGCCACUCCGUAUGGGCGUUCCGCAGGGAAGGGCAAACCAUACAUGCCACGCUGCACGGAUCAGAUUGCAGAGUGUGUGUGCCGGAGCCGUUAACAACAUCCAGUCACAAAGUAGUACCCAAUGACAUCUCUCUGAAUGGCAGAAAGGGGCACAGCCAGCUCUCAUCCACCAGUGUCCCUGCAGCCUCGGAAGCCCCUGCCCCAUUGGUGUCCCAGGUGACAGGGAGGAAAGACCCAGUGACUGCGCAAUCACAACAGAGGGUUGUGAUGUCAGGGACCAUGUGGUACGCCCCACACAGGCAUUUGCAUCCUGCUAUUGCCUGUCGGAGUCAUGUUUCCUUGUGCUUUGCAGUUUUUUCCCCAUGAUGACAGCUGUUUUUGCAUGAAUUGCUGUGAAUCUCCAUUGCUGGGGGGGGGGGCAGGCAGGCAGCACUGUACAGAAAAAUGCUUUUCAGAGGCCAUAGCCCUCCUUUUGCACUUUGUCUCCUGAUGCCAAUGACAUCAGAAUUUUGCCACCUGAUUGGAUGCAGGGCCCGCACCACUGGGCUGGCAACAUAGCAUAUACACCACUACCCAACAUGGAGACUCAGACCUUAGGUGAGUUUCAGUGAGCUUCCAUUGUACCUCGCCCAUCGUCUCAAAUCUGGUUCUGAUUGGAUGGGAGUCAGGCGCCCACCUGUUUUGUUUUGCAGUGAAGCCUGGCCACUCUUGGCUUCUCGACCAGAGACUGUGCCUCCCGCAUUCUUGACAACUUUGUGGUUUGCCUUCUGCUGUGAUAUUGGUGUGUGUAAGUUAGAGCUGACAAAGCUAUAGGUUUUUGUUAUUUUAAUCCUCACAUUCUGUCUCGUGUAUUUUAUUGUGACCUUGCACCUUAAAUAAAAUAAUUAUAUUUU